AUGCCGGCAACCAGUCUCUGCCAAGACGAGGCAUGCCCUCCGUAUAGCCUCAUGGACGAUUAUAGCGAAGGAGCUCACCCUCAAAUCCUUGAGGCUCUGCUCCGGACAAAUUCAACACAGCAAGUCUCCUAUGGAGGCGACGAUUACUCCCAUGAGGCCAGGCAAUUGAUCAGAAACAAGAUUAACUGCACUGAAGACGAGGCCGAUAUCUUCUUUGUCCCCAGUGGAACCUCAGCAAAUCUUAUCUCCAUUGCCAGCUGCCUCCGGCCGUACGAGGCGGUUAUUACUCUUGAAUCCGGACACAUUGCAUGCAAAGAAGCUGGUGCGAUUGAGGCAACUGGGCACAAGCUCAUCCUCGUCCCGCCCGUCGAUGGCAAAAUGACACCGAGAAAUCUUCAAAAGGCCAUUCAGCAAAACCAGUUUUUCCCGCAUAUGGCCAAGCCACGGCUUCUGUACAUCUCCAAUGCCUCGGAGACCGGCACGGUGUACACCAAGCGCGAACUGAGCAAUCUCUCUGCGCUGUGUAAACAACUAAACCUGUUGAUGCUCAUGGACGGAGCUCGGAUCGGAACGGCGAUGUGUUCAAAGAAGAACGACAUGACUUUCCGAGAUAUUUUCGACCUCACCGACAUUUUUUGGAUUGGCGGAACUAAAGCCGGUGCCCUGAUGGGCGAAGCCAUCGUCGUCAAGAAGGCUCUGUCCGAAGGAUUCGUCUUCCACCUCAAACAGCACGGGGCUCUCCUGGCGAAAGGACGGAUUAUGGGCGUCCAAUUUAUGGAGCUUUUCCGCUCAGAUCUCUUCUUCACCUUGGCUACUCAUGCCAACGCCAUGGCCGAGAAGAUCUCCGCCAAUUUCGAGGCCCUGGGACACAACCUGGUGGCGGAAACGGAAACAAACCAAGUGUUUGUCACUAUGCCCCAACAACUGGCGCAAAGGCUGCAGAACCGCUUCAGAUUCUAUAUUUGGGAUCAGUUGGACGAUGGGCAGGUGGUGGUUAGGAUUGUGACUUCUUGGGCCACGGACGAGUUGCAGGUCGACAAGUUCAAUGCGUGGGUGGCACAGUGGACGGCGGCAGCGAAGGAAUUCGCUACGAAUUAA